CUCCCUCUGUUCAGUAUGUACGAGUCCGGACGCUCGCUCUCGCUGUCUCUGCGCGCGCCCCUGCUGCUGCGCGCUCCCGCAGGCCUGGAGCGCGCUUUCCCGCGGACCCCGAAGUGCGCGCGCUGCCGCAACCACGGCGUGCUGUCCGCGCUCAAGGGCCACAAGCGCGCCUGCCGGUGGCGGGAGUGCGCGUGCGCCCGGUGCGCGCUGAUCGCGGAGCGGCAGAGGGUGAUGGCGGCGCAGGUCGCGCUCCGACGUCAGCAGGAACAGGAGAGCAAGAGCCGCGCGGAGGGAUACGGUGACCCACUGAACACCUACAUGUUUAACGGCUUUCUGAUCACGUCCCCGCCGUCCUCGCUCGCCUCUCCAGGGUCCAGCAGCUCCGGUCUCCCCGGAGAACCUGUUAAACCCGGCGGAGACAUGUCCCCCGGCCUCGACCGCCUGUCUGACCGCACCUCCAGCCCUCUGUCCAUCGUCUCUUCAGACCCGGAGUCUGGAAGCGAGUGCGAGAAGCUUAAAGAUUCCCCUCCGGACCUGCCGAGUCCGGCGCCGUCCGGCAGAGAGCGGGAUCCGGUCCAGAUUCUGCUGAAGAUCUUUCCUCAUCUGAAAGUGGAGACUGUAGAAGUGACCCUGCGGAUGUGUUCUGGAGACAUCGUCAAGGCCAUUGAAGCUCUGCUGGCCUCCAAAGAUGAACCGAGCUCACCUUUACCCGGGAGCUCGUCCCCGACCUUCUCCAGGAACCUCCCGGGAUCUCCAGAAACGGUGGGAUCCCUCAGUUCCCACUCCGCUUUCUCUCCUCUGCAGAACUCGGCGAGUAAAGCCCUGGCCGGAGAGAGCGUGUACGGGUUUAACCCUCGUUUCGGGUUAAAUCCGCUGCACCUGGCGUAUUCCUCCGCGUCCACAGGGGGCGCUCUCCCCAGCUUUAUAUCUCCCUACCUUCCGGGACUGCUGCCGGCCUUCCCUCUCCGCGCUCCUCUGCAUUACCCCUUCCCCAGCUCCUCCCGAGAUCUACCCCCCUACCACAGCAAGGACACGCUCUCCACCGCGGGCCUGUACUCCACCCUCGCCCACGGGGGCAAGUGAAGCCUGAUAAGCCUCCUAAAACACCCAGAGAACCACCCAUCUGUUAGAUAGAUAACGAGUUAAAACAGUCUGAUUGAAAACCCUUAAAAGUUUAAAAGACCUUCAGGUUCUCUUAUGUUUCUGCACAGAAGAGAAAGUGAAAUAUACUAUAUCACUGCAUCACUGCCCAAGAAUACAAAGCAAAAAUUUACAUGUAAUUUAUAUUGGCAUCAUGUUUUAUUAUUAAUAAUAAUAAUUAUUAUUAUUAUUAUUAAUAUAAUCUACAAGGUUCUUAAUUUCCACAUUUUGUUUAUGAACAUGAUUCAACAGAUAUGAAUUAUUAUACCGCAGUGUUUUAUUCGUUGCAAGCAAUGUAUAAAUGCACCGCACCGAUAUUGCCUUGAAUAUAUGUAGCAAACGAUAUAUAUUUUUGUACUUCUUUCCUACAGUUUUUUCUACGAUGUUGUAUAUGUUGCUGUGUGUAUAUAUUGUCACAUUUUUACGUUUUAUAUAAAAUAAAAUGCUCACAACUUGUCA